UAUGAACUAAAAAGUUCAUAUUGUCACGGUCUGAAAAUUUCAUUACUUUUUUUUCUUAAAUUUUAUUGUAAUUUUGUUUCUCGUCAGGUUUACGUGUUGGUGUACGUGCACGUUUCCAGGCUCGGCCGGUUGAUUUCGACACGCGGGUAUGGGAAUAUAGGUUGCUGCGACAUUAGUUUACAGGCACCGCGGGCUUUUGCGAGGCUGCGUGGUUAGCUAAUUCUCGCGGGUUGCUGGCCAGGGCCCGCUGAGAGGUUGCAACACGCCGUUCCAGAAAAACCUGCUACGCUACGCUAGUCUCUUGUUUGUCGCGCGAGGCUUUUGAGUACGCGUUUCGAGGACUCUGUCCUGAUUAGUGAUGCCAUCUUGCGUCCGAGUUUGGAAACGUAGACGGAAAAAUAACAAUCGAGCAGCGCAAGAGGGAGAGGGGGAAACUCGUGCGCGCCUGCGCGGAAGGAAUAGCUGACUUCACUUGUUUUUCAUUUUUUUCCUUGUGGGAAGGGAGGGGACCGCGAGUUGCCUUGUGGAUAAGUUUUCCCGGUGUUCGUGUGUUUUUUUUUUGUUUUUCCGGCAUGGCCUAGUUUUGUAGUUAAAACCUCCUUCCAGGGAGGGGCCGAGGCUUUUUGCCUGGGGACCUCUCUGGAAGCCGAGUCCACGUCGGUUUGAAACAACUUUGCUUCGCCUCAAGUCAGAAGGUCGUGUUACAGUAUUCAGUUCAGUGGUGACCUGUGACUGACUGCACGACUAAGAAGACUGAGCAUGGUGUUGCUGGCUGCACAUCAGAGUGAAUCUGAUGGCACCACCAGUAGCUGUUGUUUCGAGGUGUUGCUGUUUUCACCAGACGAGACCAACCAGCUGCUUGCUGCCUACAGCAUAGCAGAUGUUAAGGUGAAAGUAUUUUUAUUUUUCUUAUCAGGUUCAUUAAUUUUUUUUUAAUUUUUGUCUAGGAUGUUUAAUGCAAUUUUUAUUUCAGCUUUCAUGGUUUAUUAAUAACAGGCAGAUUUUAAGUGAAUAAAGAAAAGUAUUUUUUUUCUUGGGCAGUCUAAUUUUAUGAUGUUGAUUCAGGAAUUUGUUUUAUUAAGAUAGCAAGUUAAAUAGUAAAUAAUGGUUAAAAGUAACUUACCUAAUUUUUGCCUUGUUUUGAUUGUUGAUUUUGGCUAUGGCCCUGGUUCGAUUGAGUAGUUACUGUGUUGAUGAAAUUUAUUUGUUGAUGAUGCCAUUUUAGGAAGCUAUAGAGAGUAAUGUAAUACAGACCCUGGAGGAAUGGGCUGUAGCGUGAGGGCAUGGAGACCCUGGUUGUGACUGGGUUCGCAGGGUAGGCGACCCUUAGUAAAUGAGAAUUUUUUUUUGUUGUUGUUGGGUUAGAGUCCCACAAGGUGUGUCCACAGGAGGUGGAUGUUAGGCAUCUAUCGGCUUUUGUUGUUUUGAAAAAGUUAGAAGCAUGUUGAUAGUCAUCGAUUUCAGGUCGGAGUCAUUUUUGAACCAGGUGCCAGAGGUCAGAUCGUCAGAAUAAUUUAAAAUUUGAUUGAUGAGAUUAUUUGUAAAAUUAUUUAGUUUUGGUAUUGAGGUUUGUGGCUGUGGGGAUGUUAAAUAAUUUUUUUUUAAAGACUUUUCAAAUAGUUAAUCUGUACCCAUCUUUGUUUAGAAUCGAUUAACUAUUAGUGUUGACCAAGUACAAAAGUAUUUUCAUUUACCUAUUUGUCGCUGUCACAUUUAUCAGGAGAACUUGUAUGUCAAACUUAAGAUACCUAUUGUUCAUGUUAAUUCCAAUUGGAAAUUAUUUCAGUUUGUUGCGGUACCUUUCCGCUGGAAAAAUAACACUUGCCACUUGGAGCACGAGCCAAACUUUUUAGCCGUAAAUAAUGAGCAACUGGUGACCAUUCAGGGUAGAAAUUUGUUGGAUUGUCGUCCCUUCGAAGACAGUUUAUGUUUUGUGCCCAGAUUUUCAGGUGAUGCCAUGGGAAGUUCUCUAUGUCCUAAAGCUUUGUUUCAGGGAGUGACUGCAGAGAAACUUGGUGAACUGUGUGCUUACAGAUGCCAUUCGGGAACCCACCUCAUGAUUACGCAAGCUGGUCCUGAACGGUAUUUUCUAACUAACCCUGUUGGUAAACUAGAAGUGCAAUGUUUAGUGAAUAAGAACCAAACCUUGUUUUUAGCGGCUGCAGAUCGACCUGGCGCUGUGGACACUGAGGUCCCUUGCGAUUGUCGCCUGUACAUGAAUGAUGAGCUUAAAAUUAAUGAACUUUAUCCGUGUGAUUUUCUUUCUAAAGCUAAAUUCCAAAUGAUUCAUGUGAUUCCAGCUGCUUGGUCAAAAUUAAAAAAAUUAAAGAUUUUACCUUUAACAGCAUCUUCACACACAGUUUUUUCUUCAUUAGAAGAUUGUUUAGACGAGGAUUGGCCUUCUGUUAUUCCUCACUUGAAUUUGGUCGUUUCACGUUCCUUUACGAGGCCCGACGAAUUACAGCUGCGAGACCCGGUGGAAGUUGUAAGCUUUUUGUUAAAACAUUUACAAAGUAUUUCUUUAUUUGUGAUUGGUGGUACUUUAUUACUAAUUGUUGUAAGAAACCCUUAUCUAGUGGGGAUUGGUACCUUCCCCCGCGUAUCAGCUUUUAGUGAAAAUGUCAUGUUAACAAUGGAGAUAAGCAUAACUGUAUUUAUACUUGGUGUCAUAAUGUGUAUGAUUCUUUUUCUGCUACGGAAAUGGUUGUCACUCAAGUGGAAAUUACGGAAAACUGAGGAAAUCUCACCUACUGUACAGACUGAUGUUGCAACUACAAGUGAAACCUUUAACUUACGUGAUCAAUUUUCUGAGAACUGUCGAUUAAAAUCUAAGUUGGUUAGUGAGUCAGGUGAGGAAUUUCAUGUCUACCUCACCCUGUGUGAUUAAUUUUAUAGAACUGAUGUUUAUGUUUGAUUUGUUUUCCCCAUCAAGGGCACAUAGUUGUUAAACACGUUUGUGGUUAGGAUUUAUAAUGUUUUUGUAAUUAACUGUUCAGUUCAGAGGUUUUACUUUUUGCUUAAAGAAUAAAAAAAAAAAGGAGACGACAAUCGAGGAUGAAUCUAGGGGUCCAAGCAAUUAUUAAUCUAGGGUUAAUUUUUUUUUUAAUUUAUUUGUCUACGCUCGCCUUUGAUUUAACCUGGGUAGGGAUACCUUGUUCCUGGUCUAUACCCUCCCCUGUCCGAACCUGUGUGCACUCGUGCCUCUGAAGACAGUGUAAUUCCUUUUUCCACAGACUCAAGUGAGGCAGAGUUGUUAGCAACAAGUGUUUAUGUUUUCUUUUUCUUUCUUGAAGAAGAGACAGUGCAUCGAUGUAACACAUCCAGAGACUUCAACGAUUACGUUACGUAAGUUAUGUGAAGAACUUUCCUUCGCCAUGUAUGUCCUCCUGACUGAGGACCAUGUGUUGUGCAGCCAUUGAACUUGUGUGGGAGAUGGACUACUGUUUCCUCCCCUGUUGUGUGGUGGGCUGCUUAUAACUCAUGAGGAGUUAUACGGUGGAAGCCCCUUCCCAAAUUGGUUGCUGUGUGUAUGCGAACUUUCUGUCUAAAAAGAAUGAAGAAACGGAUCAGCGUGGGGCUCGUUUUCGUCGACUUGGGCCGAACGAAGAAAUCAGUUACUCUCGGCCAACCAGUGACAAUGCUAUUUUUUUUUCUGUUCUGUAGCUAGUAGCUGCAGAGGCGUGUUAUGAAGAUCUUGGACUUCACUUAAUCCUAUGGACAUUUCAGGUUCCUUUCCUGAUGUUUAUCCUUUGUUUUCCUGACUUGUAUAGUCCAUUCCUUUGUUUUUCUUGGAGGCCAAGCUCCCAUUUUACUUUAGCUGUGUUUGUUUCAUUUUAUUGACAUAUUUAUGAUCAUCUUUGUUGUUGUUGUUGUUGGAGAAUAACAUGCCCCUGGACUCAUCCUUGGUUAGUUAUGCUGUUUAUGGAACUGAUAAAGAGUAAAUGUAGGGUGGAUCUUUUUGUGUUAAUCAGUCACUUUAUAAAAUGUGAACAUUGUUUGCUAAUUAUUCAAUAGGGUCACUUCACAGCUUUACUUAAUGGAAUAAUUAACUUUUCUUUUUUUGUUAUCAACCUUGUAUUAACAUAAUGUUUUGAUAUGACGUUAAGAAUAACCCCCCCCCCCCCUAAUUAACUUGUUUAAAUAGGCUUGACAGUGUCGUGUAUGUUCUUUGGUGAGAUUUUGAUACUGGUGUUGAAAUUUUUGUUCAGUUUCACUGGGGAGACAUCCCCGAUGACAUGCUGCGAGGAAGGCAGGCUGAGGGCAGAACUGCUCUGAAGGCUGGAUCCUGGGUGUGAGCUGCAGAUCACACUUCAAGGUCUCUUCUCUCCAGCUUCAACUAGGGCUGAUCUGUCCACGGUUCAUGCCUCUCCUAGUUGUAUGUCGUACGAGUAGUUUUACGAUGUGCCAGCCACCAUCGAUUCUUACAGGAAAGAAUUGUUUCCUGGGCUAUUUUGUAUUUUGUAUUGGUUUAACUUUUUCAGUUUAGACUUUGAAUGUAAUUGUUGUGGUAAAACCUAACCUUCGUGCGCUGUCUUGGUCGAGUAGGCAUUUAACUUAUAAAUUUUUGCCCCUUGGUCUUAUUCAUUGUUAGGAAUUUUUAUGGCUUGUGGGGCACAAGCCCUUGUAGACCGGGGUAAUGUCACGGUCUGAAAAUUUCAUUACUUUUUUUUCUUAAAUUUUAUUGUAAUUUUGUUUCUCGUCAGGUUUACGUGUUGGUGUACGUGCACGUUUCCAGGCUCGGCCGGUUGAUUUCGACACGCGGGUAUGGGAAUAUAGGUUGCUGCGACAUUAGUUUACAGGCACCGCGGGCUUUUGCGAGGCUGCGUGGUUAGCUAAUUCUCGCGGGUUGCUGGCCAGGGCCCGCUGAGAGGUUGCAACACGCCGUUCCAGAAAAACCUGCUACGCUACGCUAGUCUCUUGUUUGUCGCGCGAGGCUUUUGAGUACGCGUUUCGAGGACUCUGUCCUGAUUAGUGAUGCCAUCUUGCGUCCGAGUUUGGAAACGUAGACGGAAAAAUAACAAUCGAGCAGCGCAAGAGGGAGAGGGGGAAACUCGUGCGCGCCUGCGCGGAAGGAAUAGCUGACUUCACUUGUUUUUCAUUUUUUUCCUUGUGGGAAGGGAGGGGACCGCGAGUUGCCUUGUGGAUAAGUUUUCCCGGUGUUCGUGUGUUUUUUUUUUUGUUUUUCCGGCAUGGCCUAGUUUUGUAGUUAAAACCUCCUUCCAGGGAGGGGCCGAGGCUUUUUGCCUGGGGACCUCUCUGGAAGCCGAGUCCACGUCGGUUUGAAACAACUUUGCUUCGCCUCAAGUCAGAAGGGUAAGUGGUUGGCCAUGGCUCGUUCGCCACAAUCAUUUCUUGGACGAUCUUCGUCUUAAUCUUUUAAGUAAUAAUGUAGUAUUCCACCUCUAUUAUUUAUUAUUUGGUUUUGGGAAAAAUCGACGUCUGGUUAUAAGCAUGCAGGUAGUGGUAACUGGGAAGUAUACUAUCCUUCCGCGUAGCUGUGACGACGAGAGAACCGCCAUGUUGUAGAGAUAAUUGUUUGCCGGCUGACGUCACUUUAAUGUGUAUUUAAUGUAUUUAUUUAUUCGUUAAUCCCAUCCCAUUGUAAAAUGCUUUAUUAUUAAUUUGUUAAUCAAAUAUUUGGUUGAUUAUUAUUAUUUUUUUUAUUAUCCUAGUGAAUAAAAUCUGUGCUUGAAUGAA